AUGAACCAAAAUGAAAUGGAGAAAACCUGGCCAAAGCAGUUUCUUCUCAAAGCGAAGCAUGUGCUCCGCAGAGUUGACCACACCCCGAUGAAGAAGGCAGUGCCCGGCGGGCUGGGUGUGCACCCGAUCUGCUCUCGUACAGUCACAGCAUUUGUAACACGACUUCAGGAGAAACACCUGGGCGAGCCUGGUGGAGGAGGGAGACGGUGGCAUGGGCAAGGUGCCACCACACAUGGCUGUGGCCACCAGGUGCCGCCCCCUGAGCCCCCAGCCCAGGGGAUGCUCCCACCUCGGAGGACGGAGCUCUGCCGUCGGCUCCUCUCGGGAGGCAAGGCUGAGCUUUGGCAGACCGUCUGCUGCCCGCAGAAGUGGCGGUGGCAGUGGUGUAUCUUCCUUCUGAUUUCAGCUUGGGGAAGAGCUGCUGCUGCCACGUACCUGGUCGGCUUUAUACUUCUAGUCAUCUGUUUUGCUCUGGCCAUCAUAGCGUUUGCCAUUGACACGCUUCGGUUCAACUUCAUACGAGGGAUUGGAGGCUUGCUUUUUGUCGCUGCUGUGUUCUCCAUCAUGGGCCUGGUCAUUUAUCCAGUAAAGUUCUCCACUGAAAUUCCACUGACAGGAAUCAAUAUGUUCAGCUGGGCCUACGGCUUUGGCUGGACCACCGCCAUUAUGGAAAUAUGCUUGGGAUUCUUCUUCUGCUGCCUUCCUAACUAUGAAGAUCAGAUCUUGGGUAAUGUGAAGCCCACAUAUUUUUACUCUUCCCCAUAAGCACCAGGAAAAAUGCAUUCGUAUUCCAGAGAUAUCUGACAGACCAGCUACGUUUUCCAGAAUAUUGUCAUCAGAUGUUAGUAGAAAAAGCUGGUAUCUUUUCAAAUGUGUGUAGAAAAACGGUACCGGCAUUCUGCAAUAAAGUUAUCUACUCUAUUUUG